AUGCCUCGCUCCCGUCGACGUCGACCCGGAAGCUGUCGCCGGCGGCCGGCCGGCGGUCAGCCUUAACACAGGCCCGGCUGCGGAGCGCAGUCGCCCAGGUUUGCGGCGGCAGCGGGCCGAGGAUCCCGGAGAGGACCCCGAUGAGGCCACUUCAGGUCGGGGCUGAGUGUGGGCGCGCGGUUCCCGGCGGCGUGUGACCCAGUCUCCGCCGGCCGCUGCCCUCUGCGUGUGUGAGUGUCCGUGGGCCCCAGGGCCCUGCAGCGCCGGCCCCGAGGCCGCGAAGAGGCCUUCCGCCUGGGGCAGUAUGAAGGCCGCAGAGUUUUCCUCCAAAGCCACACCUCGGCUGGAAGGGGCGAGUUCGAGGGCCCUGUUAGUGGUAGUCAUGGGGAGACGCGGAGCUGCAGCUGUCGCUUUGCAGUGCCUGUAGGACUUUGAGGUCCCGGAGCCCCGGUUCCCUGAACAGCACCCAGAUCGCCCCAUAUCUGAGACACAGUUCACGCCCCCCUUCCCUAACUCUGAAGUAAAAUCUUGAGGGCUGACAUCUGGGGAAGCCACCUUGUCUGUUCAGCCAUGAAGACAGAAACAGUGCCACCGUUCCAGGAAACUCCAGCUGGAUCCAGCUGUCACCUCAAUAACCUGUUGAGUAGCCGGAAGCUGAUGGCUGUGGGGGUCUUGCUUGGCUGGCUCCUGGUCAUACAUCUUCUGGUCAACGUGUGGCUGCUGUGCCUUCUGUCCGCAUUGCUAGUGGUGCUGGGAGGAUGGCUGGGCUCCAGCAUUGCUGGAGCGGCUUCAGGUCGAGUGCACCUGGAACGCUUCAUCCCAUUGGCCACCUGCCCUCCAUGCCCUGAGGCAGAAAGGCAGCUGGAACAGGAGAUCAACCGCACCAUCCAGAUGAUUAUUCGAGAUUUUGUGUUAUCCUGGUACCGUUCCGUGAGCCAGGAGCCAGCCUUUGAGGAGGAAAUGGAGGCAGCCAUGAAAGGGUUGGUCCAGGAGCUUCGGAGAAGGAUGAGCAUGAUGGACAGUCAUGCUCUUGCCCAGAGUGUUCUGACUCUCUGCGGUUGUCACCUGCAGAGCUACAUUCAGGCAAAGGAGGCCACUGCAGGGAAGAAUGGUCCAGUUGAGCCUUCCCACCUCUGGGAGGCUUACUGCCGGGCUACUGCCCCACAUCCUGCUGUGCACAGCCCCAGUGCUGAAGUCAUCUAUACACGUGGCGUUGUGAAUUUGUUGCUUCAAGGGCUGGUGCCCAAGCCCCACUUGGAGACUCGUACCGGACGCCAUGUAGUGGUCGAACUCAUCACAUGCAAUGUAAUCUUACCACUGAUCAGCAGGCUGUCAGAUCCUGACUGGAUCCACCUUGUACUCGUGGGUAUCUUUUCCAAGGCCAGAGAUCCAGCACCCUGCCCAGCCAGUGCCCCCGAACAGCCCUCAGUGCCCACAUCUCUGCCACUGAUUGCUGAGGUAGAGCAGCUUGCAGAAGGGAGAGCUUCUCCAGUAGCAGCCCCAGUGUUCCUAAGUUACAGUGAGCCAGAGGGUCCUGCAGGCCCCUCUCCAGAGGUUGAAGAAGGCCACGAAGCUGUAGAGGGAGAUUUGGGUGGGAUGUGUGAAGAAAGAAAAGUAGGAAACAACUCAUCUCAUUUCCUACAGCCAAAUCUUCGAGGCCCCCUGUUCUUAUGUGAAGACUCAGAGCUGGAGUCUCCGCUGUCUGAACUGGGCAAAGAAACCAUCAUGCUCAUGACCCCAGGCAACUUUCUCUCCGACAGAAUUCAGGAUGUCCUGUGUGCCCUAGAGGGUUCCCAGGCUCUGGAACCCAAAGAUGGUGAGGCAUCUGAAGGAGCAGAAGCUGAGGAGGGUCCAGGGACAGAAACAGAGACAGGCCUGCUGGUCUCCACACUCAAUUCCUGCCCAGAGAUCUACAUUGACACAGCAGACAAGGAGAUAGAACAAGGAGAUGUUACCGCCUCUGUUACAGCUUUGCUGGAGGGGCCAGAAAAGACCUGCCCCUCACGGCCCUCAUGCUUAGAGAAGGAUCUCACCAAUGAUGUGAGCUCCCUUGAUCCUACUCUGCCACCAGUUCUGCUUUCCUCCUCUCCACCUGGUCCUCUCAACUCAGCCACCUUCAGCUUUGAGCCCCUAAGCAGUCCCGAUGGUCCAGUUAUCAUCCAGAACCUUCGUAUCACUGGCACCAUUACAGCCCGAGAGCACAGUGGCACCGGAUUCCACCCAUACACACUCUAUACUGUGAAGUACGAGACAGCCCUUGAUGGUGAAAACAGCAGCGGCCUGCAGCAGCUGGCCUACCACACUGUGAAUCGCCGCUAUCGGGAGUUCUUGAAUCUGCAGACCCGUCUGGAGGAGAAACCAGAUCUACGAAAGUUCAUCAAAAAUGUGAAGGGUCCUAAAAAGCUCUUUCCAGAUCUUCCAUUUGGAAACAUGGACAGUGACAGAGUAGAAGCCCGUAAGAGCCUCCUAGAAUCAUUCCUAAAGCAACUCUGUGCCAUUCCGGAGAUCGCUAACAGUGAGGAGGUGCAGGAGUUCCUUGCUCUGAACACAGAUGCUCGUAUUGCCUUUGUCAAGAAACCAUUUAUGGUCUCUAGAAUAGACAAGAUGGUGGUGAGUGCCAUUGUGGACACCUUGAAGACAGCGUUUCCUCGUUCUGAACCCCAGAGCCCCACAGAGGAGCUGAGUGAGGCCGAGACCGAAAGCAAGUCCCAGACAGAAGGCAAGAAGGCUAGCAAGUCCAGGCUGAGGUUUUCAUCCAGUAAAAUUUCUCCAACACUAAGUGUGACUGAAGCACAAGACAAGAUUCUUUAUUGUGUCCAGGAAGGCAAUGUGGAGUCUGAGACUCUAUCCAUGUCUGGGAUGGAAUCUUUUAUUGAAAAACAGACAAAGUUACUGGAAAUGCAGCCAACAAAAGCCCCAGAAAAAGAUCCUGAACAACCUCCCAAAGGACGUGUGGACAGUUGCGUGUCAGAUGCAGCUGUGCCAGCCCAAGUCCCCAGCAACAGCGAUCCAGGAACAGAGACAGAGUUAGCUGACACAGCCCUGGAUCUGCUCCUCUUGCUACUAACAGAACAGUGGAAAUGGCUGUGUACCGAAAACAUGCAGAAGUUUCUUCGUCUUAUCUUUGGGACCCUAGUUCAAAGGUGGCUAGAGGUGCAGGUAGCUAAUUUAACAAGUCCACAGCGCUGGGUGCAGUACCUCCGGCUUCUUCAGGAGUCCAUCUGGCCUGGUGGAGUUUUGCCUAAGUUUCCACGGCCUGUAAGGACCCAAGAGCAGAAACUGGCUGCUGAGAAACAGGCUUUGCAGAGCCUGAUGGGAGUCCUCCCAGAUCUCGUAGUAGAAAUUCUUGGGGUGAACAAAUGCCAGCUGAGCUGGGGUCUAGUCUUGGAGUCACUACAACAACCCCUCAUCAACAGGCUUGUUCAGCGUACUUGCUCAGUGCUCUUGCCAACAUCUGCCAGCCCCUGUGAAUGCUCCAAGAGCGACCCUGGCCUGUGUAUCACAGACUAUGUAAAGAUGUUCACCAUGAGCCCCUGGCCUUAUAGCAAAGCUGUGAUUCAUGUCAAGACCAGGAGUUGUCUUUGCUUCAUAUCAGGCAUUUGAUUUACUGCCUUGGGGACAUCAUCCUGGAAUCCUUGGACCUCAGUGCCUCUGUGGAGGAGUCUGCUGCAACCACCUCUGCCUCAGAUACCCCAGGCAACUCCAAGAGGAUGGGUGCCUCCUCUUAGUUGGUUAUUCACGCCUUCUUCCCAGGUCAGGGAAGUAGAGUUACUCGGCCACCAGAGACCAGUCAGGAAGCCCGUGCUCUCUUGACGUAGGCUACAGCUAAGAAUGCCUAGGUUCUCGGUGGCUCACUUGUCUCCCACUUCUGCUCCAUUUGUAGCAGGUGACAGGGGUCUAUGUGUCCCAGUUGCAUGCACAUUUAUUUCCAUGUUCCUUUUGUGAUGUUGGGAUUGUUGCUGGUGAGUAGAUCCUGUUUCCUUUGGGAAAAGAAGCUGUGAGGUAGAUGAAUGAGCCCCUUUUGCUUCUCCUUUUGCCAUCCUCCCUGAGAUUGUUUGCCACAAUCCUGGCCCUGUGCACACAUGUGCUUAAUCCACCAGCACACAAGCUCUGGGUAGAACAGGAAAAAAACUGUGGCCAGAUUUCCUUGGAGGAGAAAACAACCUUCUGAGCUCUCUGUUCCUACCCGGAAACUAAAGAUUCAUUCAGGGCCAUUCUCAAAAACCAGACUCCUGGGUCUAAUCUAGUUUCCCAACAGUUCCAGAAGAAGAAGGAGGGAAGAAAAAUUUUUCAAGGAACUUCUUGCUCACGUGUUGCUGUUUCCCAACACAUCAGCCUUAUGGAAGAUGUCAUGAGGCUGCUUCCCUGGGAGGCUACACUUUCCUUUCCAGAAGACUUCAAAGCUGACUGCCAAAGCUUCUGGUAAAUCCACCCCACCCUUCACACCCUUUCCUGAAAGGCAUUUGCACCACACAUUUUAUUUAUUGGCUUUGCUCCCAACCCCCUGCCCUAGAGCAAUUGAGUUUUUGAAUUUUUGACCCUCUAUCUUCAGCAAAAUUGCAUGACAGGCUGCAUAUUCAGCCUCAGUUUUUCUAAUGUAAAGCACUUGCCUCCUGUCUUAAGAAUGCACAAACAGUAGGACUAGCAAGCCGGUGGGGGGGACGGGGGGUGAAAUCUCCCUUCAUAAGUCUCUGACAGAGAACUUUUAUUAUUCUGAACAGAGAAGAUUAGCAAACUUACAACAAUAUCUUAUUUCCCGUUCCUUAUGGUUAUAAUCAGUCUUUUAACAACACCAGCAUGAAGGCAAAGGUGUUUUGUCAGACUGCAACAUCUAUUAGAAAGGCAAAGCAAUUGGGAAUUGCUGGAGAAUGAUAAAUCAGGAGGAACUGCUGGUAGAAAGGGAUGCAGACAGUCACAGGGAAGUGCUGUAUAUUAAAUGUAUGUGAAUAGCUGGCAAAAAGCUGUCAAGGAUGUCACUGGGAGCCCUUUGGCUUCACACUCGCCUGUUAGCGCCUUGCUUUCGCUGAAUUACCAGAGCCUGCCACUUGGAGGAAGGUCUUGGAGUUAGACUGAUGAGAAGACACUUGUCAAAAACAAGUGUCAAAGUUCUCUUAGAUUCUGAAGUAGGUGAUGAGCACAUAAUUAAAGUGGUUUGUGGAAGAAAGUUGUAAAAUCUUUUUACUUUUUUGCUCCUCUGGAGGCUUUUAACCCUAAAUUGUGUCUGAUGUAUUCGGGAAGCUUAGGUGUGCAAUUCUUGCCCAAAAGCAAGGAGAUAAAUGAGAUGUCUCAUGGCCCCUUCUAGCCUUAGAAGUUGACCAUUACAGUGACUUUAUGGCUCCAAAGUUCUUGAAGCAUCUCCAGCCCUAGACUUUGACAAGAAAAGGUAGCACAGCACCUCUACCUUCCGUGAGUACCUGCAGGAGUCCAGCCAAUGUGUUAGAGUUGAUCAUUAAGCUCCUUCAGUUAGGGCUAAGAUCUUAUUCUCGAUGGGCAUAGGGGGACAGCCUUAUUUUAUGCCACUUUUCUCUCCCCAUACCUUCCCCUCAUGUGUACUUAGCCACCUGUGUUGCUUUGAAUCUGCUGCCAGUUCUGGCUCAAAUGUGGCACAAAAUCAGUACAUCAGACACACCAUGAAAUCCCUGUGGCUAUAAAUUCUAAGGAAUCUUUUGACACUUCCAGCCCAAAGAACUUAUUUUUAUUUCAUAUUAUAUAAGAGUCCCCACCUCUACUCCAUCUACCCCAAAAAGAUAAGCUGUCCUCAGAUCCCCCUUCUACCCAGGAGGGAAAUAAUGGAUAUUGCCAAGGGAACAAUCAAAACUCAUCUGGCUUUGAAAAUGACCUGCCAAGUUUGGGUAGCAGGUUCAGACAACAAGAGAGUAACAAUUGGUAGAGAGCCACAGGUAUCUGGAAAAGAUACUCCCAGCUGACAGGGUGAUAAAAGGCAGGGAAGAAUUGGGCCUGUGCUAAUCCAGGAAGGUUUUUUUGUUUGCUUGUUUUUUGUAUUUACUCGUGACUGACUAAAUUUUAUUCAUUUAAGUCAGAGUUUUGAUAUUUGAAAUAAGACUACUUUUCCUUUUCUUAAUAUCUAUAAAAAAGAUGAGGCAGGAAUGCUGUGUUCUUUCUGUCAAAUUCUAAACGUGACCUUUGCCAUUGCUUAUUUGAAUUCCAGAAAGCUAUACUUUUUUAUCACAUAUAACUCACAGUUUCAUUUUUGCAUUUUUGGAUUAGACUUAAUAAAACCUAAAUGGAAAAUAAAUUCCUAAAUCUGAGCCUAGGAGCACAUAUGAAUUUUAUUUUUUUUAUUAUUAUUAUACUUUAAGUUCUAGGGUACAUGUGCACAAUGUGCAGGUUUGUUGCCUAUGUAUACAUGUGCCAUGUUGGUGUGCUGCACCCAUUAACUCGUCAUUUACAUUAGGUAUUUCUCCUAAUGCUAUCCCUUCCCCCUCCCCCCACCCCACGACAGGCUCCAGUGUGUGAUGUUCCCCUACCUGUGUCCAAGUGUUCUCAUUGUUCAAUUCCCACCUAUGAGUGACAGCAUGUAUAAAUUUUAAAAUCAAUACAAGCUACUCCAAUUUCCAUUUUGGAAAUUUCCAGUUUACAAGGUGAUUUUCUUAUUGUUGUAAAGAAACACAUAAUGUGAGAUAUACCCUCUUAAGUGUACAGUACAUUAUUUAUUUAUUUUGAGACGGUACAUUUAACUAGAAGCAGCACAGUGUUUUGUAGCAGACUGCUACAAGUUUUUCAUCUUGCAUAACUAAAAGCUCAUACCCAUUGAACAGCAACUCCUCAUUUCCCCUCCCACCAGCCUCUGGCAAUCACUAUUCUACUUUCUGCUUCUGUGAGUUUGACUACUUUGAACGCCUCAUAUAAGUGGACUCAUGCAGUGUUUGUCCUUCUUUGACUGGCUUAUUUCACUUAGCAUGAUGUCCUCCAGGUUCAUCCAUGUUACAGCAUGUGACGGAAUUUUCUUUUUAAGGCUGAAAACAUUCCUUUGUAUGGCUAUGCCACAUUUUCUUUGUUCAUUCAUUGAGGGACAUUUAGGUUGGCUCCACGCCUUGAUUAUGAGAAUAAUGCUGCAGUGAACAUGGGAGUAUGACUAUUUCUUCGAGGCCCUGCUUUUAAUUAUUUUAGAUAAAUACCCAGAAGUAGGAUUGCUGGAUCAUAUAUUGUUUUUAAUUCUUUUUGAAGACCUUCAUACUGUUUUCCAUAGUGACUAGACCAUUUUAUAUUCCCACCAACAAUGUACAAGGGUUCCAGUUUCUCCACAUCCUCUCCAACACUUGUAAUGUUUUGUUUUGUCAUAAUGGCAUCUUAAAAGGUAUUAGGUGAUAUUAAUAUCUCGUGGUUUUGAUUUGCAUAGCCUAGAAGAUUUUUGAGUCUUCCUGUGUCCUACACCCAGGUCAUUCAUUUCCAGCUACUGCUCUUCCUUUGCUCAUAGCACCCAACACCAGUUGUUAGGUCCUGGAUGAAGUAAAAAUAUGUGUAACUAACUAUGGUCCCUGGCUAUAUGAAUCAGGAUGCUCUGGACAAGAAUUAAAUUAUGAGGAAAAUUCAUUUUCUUUCAUAACAUUAGUACGUGAGUAGGUAAGCCCAGGAGUUUGGUGAUUCAGCAACUCUGAGACCUCUUAAGGGGCCUGAAUUCUUUCCGUCUUUCUUCCUUGCCAUUCUAAUUAGGUCAGCUAUGCUCUCAGACUGCCUGCCUUCCUGCUGCUGCAGUUUCAGGCAUCACACCCAGAGAUAAAAUUCAUAAAAGAACAGGAGCAUCUCUUCUGUGUUUUCUUCUAAGGAAUGAUGGAACCAUUUCCCAGAAGUCCUUCAAGAAUCCUCUUCUAGGCCGGGCACAGCGGCUCACACCUAUAAUCUCAGCACUUUGGGAGGCCAAGGUUGGGGGAUUGUUUGAGGCCAGGAGUUUAAGACCAGCCUGGAACAUAGCAAGACCCUGUCUCUACAAAAAAUAUAAAAAAUGAGCGGGGCGUGGUGGCUCUCGCCUGUGGUUCCACCUACUAGGGAGGCUGAGGCAGGAGGAUCACUUGAGCCCAGGAAUUUGAGGCUGCAGUGAGCUAUGAUCACACCACUGCAUUCUAGCCUAAGUGACAGAGUGAGACCCCAAAUCAAAAUAAAAUGCCUCUUAUGACUCAUUGGCUAGAACCACCCACCUCAUGCCAAUCCACUGACACUGAGAAUGGCAUUGUGAUUGGCUUUCACUAGUAUUUUCCCCCAGAGAUGAGGUCAUCUUCCAUGAAGGUCAGAUGUCUACAGAAAUAAUUGAUGUUAGCAAGGAAGAAGCAGAGAAUGGAUAUUGAUAGACAAUGUCUGCUCUAGGGAUGGGUCAUUCUGCCAACAUUCAGCAAAUCCCCUGUCUGCUCUCAAAAUGCCUGGUACCAGCUAAAAGUUAACAUUUUCUGAGAGCAUUACUUAAAGUCUUUACAUAUCUUCACUUAUUUAACCCACAAAUCAACCCUUAAAGGUAGGUUCUGAUGUAGUGGGUUGGUGCAAAAGUAAUUGGAGUUUUGCCAUUUUAAUGCAAUUACUUUUGCACCAAUCUAAUACAUCCCCAUUUUAUAGGUGGGGAACAUGAGGCACAGAGUGGUUCUGUCUUACCCACAGUCAUUUGCAAGGGAGUGGCAGAGCCUAGAUACAAAUCAUGUCAGUCUGCCUCUGAGCCUACAUGUAUAUCCACUAUACUGAACUGCCCUUCUACCUUACAAAGCAGAACAAGACCAGGUUCUCACUUCUAAGGAGUCUACAGUCUAGUAUAGGAGCCAGCAAACUUUCUCUGUAAAGGUCUGGAGACUAAAUAUUAGGUUUUGCAGCAGUAUGGUCUCUGUUGUAACUACUCAGCUUUUCCAUUGUAGUGUAAAAACAGUUGUAGACAAUUCAUAAACAAGUGUGGCUGUGUUCCAAUAAAACUUGAUUUACAAAAAUA